AUGGAGGGAAAAGAGGAAACCAGCGACACUGACAGCGGAAUCAUUCUGCAUUCUGGGCCAGACAGCCCUACUACAGUCAUGAAGGACGUGAGCACCCACACCCGUGCGGUGAAGCUGAAGCAGCAGUCUCUACAGGACCGACUGGAACUGUGUCUGCUUGAGCUGAAGAAACUCUGUAUCAGAGAGGCUGAGCUAACUGGACAUUUGUCCUCAGACUACCCUUUACUGCCAGGAGAGAAGCCUCCUGUAAUCCGACGUCGCGUAGGUGCUGCCUUCAAACUAGAUGAGCAGAGCAUUCUGCAAAAAGCGGAGGACUCUGAGUUGUGUUCCGUGGAAGGUGAGCUGGCCUUACAGCAGCAGAUCUGUGCAGCUGCACGGAGGCUAUGCCAGGAGGAACACCUCAGCAAGGCCAUGAAGAAGAGCCGCAUGCAGCAGUACAAGCGUGAGGAGAAGAAGCUAAAAGAACUUCAAGAGGCCGUGUUCCGGCUGCGCCUGGAGCGCGGCCGAUCCUCGCCACGCCCCGGCAUGCUCAUUCAGAGAGAUCAGGGCACUUCAGAUGACAGUUCUCUGUCAGAUUCAGCCGUGUUGGAUGAAGAAGAGAUGACCAGUCAGUCAUCUCAACAGUCUUCAGACCUCCCGCCCCCAACUGACCACCUCCUAUCUGCCCCAGGCAACUCACACCUCCAACCUCUGUUCCCUGGCCCUUCACACCCCCAUCUUCUCUUCCCUAUCCCCUCACACCCCCAUUCUCCCCUUCCUGCUUCUUCACACCCCCAUGCUAACCUCCCUGCCUCCUCACCGCGACCCUCUGAGUUGGCCCUCCAUCAGUCUCCUCCACCGGUCUUGGAGGAGCUGAAACCUUGCUCCAGCCCUGUUCUGGAGACUGAGCCUGCACCCAUACAGAACUCCCCGUGGAAAGAGUCCAGUCUAGAUCAACCCUACCAGAAAACAAAGAAGUCACGGUCUAGUAGCAGUAAAUCCAGUCCUGCUGUCACUCCAGUGUUGCCUCCACUGGAAGCCUGUUUGGGAGAAGGAGGUCUAUUACUGCAGUCACCCAGACAUUUAGCACUGAAGCACACACAAUCCAGCAGUGCCCCCUCAACUCCAGACAUGCAUCUGCGCAGGGGCUACUCUCUCAGAAUUCCCAGCAGCGAGCCUCCAUGUGAACCAGACCUGGACCGCGGGCGAUCCCGGGUUGCUCGGAGACGUUUGACAGACUUUGGGGCGUCAUCAUCAGACUACUCCCCUCACAGGAUGAACAUAGGAAACCCGCUCUACCACUCCAGCUCUGAGGACAGCAGCUCCGAGCACUCUACUCCUUCCUGUACCAGCUCCCCAUGUGUGGAGCAUCCAGCAGAACUCCAUGGCUCAUUCCGGUCUCAUUAUCCAUGUCAUUACCCCGGCCAUCCUGAUGGACAUAUGCAGGCCUAUGCUCAGGCCUAUGCACCCACUAGCUUCUACAAAACCCCCCAGUAUCAGUCUUCACCCAACUUUUUCAGGGGGUUUGUAAAUGGAGUGAGAGGCUACCCCUCAGACAUGGACACUGGAAGGCUUUGUACCAGCCAGCUGCCUCCUCAGGCCUGUCCUGCCGGCCGUUAUGAGUACUGGUAUGAAGAAACCCACCCCCAUGCGCAGCGUGUGCUCAAAGCCCCACCUUCUCACAUCCGUCUGGCAAGGGCUCCAUCACUAAGGGAGUACCCACACCAUCCCAGCAGGGUACUGCCCCGCCAGGUGGUGUCUGAAGAGCUUAAAUCAUGGCACCAACGCAACCAGUUUCGAGAACCUCGCCCACGCUCCCUGGACCGGCAAAGACAGGGCGCAAUCCGUAUUCGAAAUAUCCCGGGUCGGGAAUCUCCACUUUCCCAACAGCACAUGCUCCAGGAACAACAGGUGCCCCAAAGACGGGUCAUCCAAAGAGCUACUGAUGAAGCACCAGUCCAGUGGUUUACAGAAGAAGAUAAAGAGAUUGUGAGCCAGGUUUAA